UUCGGGCCAACGGACGCAGCGAUGGCAGAGAUAUGCCAGAAACCGGCUCCUCCGUGGCGUAGCUGUUUUGGCUCGAGUUCUGCCGAAACAGUUCUCGAUCUCGCUUGCUCCACUGAGCGAGCAGUCAGACUCAUGCCGCGCUCGGGCGCUGAUGACGGCUUGCCCGCAGCGAUGGCAGAUAGCGAGUCGCCCGCCAGUGCCCGCAAAAGGCCGGCUGCCACGGCCAUUGCGUGCCCGCCAAAGAGAACGAAGCAGGACGACGACAGCAGCGACGCUCCGCUGGCAGCCAAGCCACAACCCAAGGGAAAAGCAAAGGCAAAAGCAAAGGGGCAGGCGCCGAAGCCCGCCAAGGGCAAGGCAAUGGCUGCGCCAGUCGAGCCACCUGCAGACGAGGAGAGGGCCGCGCCCAAGGCCAAGGCGAAGGCCCUGCUCGUGGCCAAGAGCAAGGCGCCGACAGCGAGCAAGAGCAUGGCUGCCCCGCCCGUCGAGCUGCACCCCGUCAAGGCCGAGAUCACGGCUGGUGAGCUUAGUGAACUCGAGAAGCUCAAGGGCAUGAAGGUCCCGAAGCCCGUGGUUGCGGCGAGGGACUCGCUGAAGAAAGCAGGCAUCUCCAAGCUCGAGGAUUUGACCGCUGACAAGCUCAAGGAUGUUCUUGAUGAUGACUCGCUCAAGAGCCUGUUCAGCUCAUUGGGAACGACUUUAAAGUCAAAGUGUCCUAUGCUGCACGCUAAGUACGUGAAAGAUACCACGGGCCGCGCUUCCAUCGAGCGCAAGCGAGAGUGGUUGACCAAAUUCAUCAUUGACCCAACAAGCGGAGGUUGCUCCGCAGGGCAAGACACCACCGUCGGCAGCAGGGACGAGUCGGAGAGCCUCACCGAGUGGCUGACAGAGGAGCAGCUCGGAGGGCCAAUGUACCUCAAUUCGCCGCUGCAUGCAUCUAUCAUCGUAAAGUCUUUGGAUUGCAGACCGCAUCGCAACGGGUUGCUGGCAGAGGCGGGCGUGAGGGAGUACAAGUUCUCGAAGGAGAUCCUCAGGGAGAUCGAGUUCAAGAACAACUCGUCGAGCGUGAGUUCGAGCGUGGACGUCAACGCAGAUACCUACAAGCAGAUCCAGGGCGCCAUGAUGGGCCAGGCGAUCUCCAGCGCCUUGCCCUUGUCCGACGGCGCGGCAGGGGAAUCCGAGAAGGAGAAGAAGGACCGCGAGAGGAAGGAACGGGCCGCAGCCAAGGCCGAGAAGGAGAAGCAGGAGGCACAGCAGAACCCGAUGAAGGCAAAGGUCGACGAGGCCAAGAAACUUCUCGACGAGCAGAUCAAGAAAGCAAAAGCGUGGGCCCGAAGCGUGGACGACGAGCUGAGAGAGAUCCCAGGGUACCAGCUGAAACUUCAGAGGAAGGGCUUCCCGCAGUCGAUGGGCGAUUACCUCGCAGAGCAGGGGAACCAGCACCGACUCAGCAUGGAGAAAUUCGCCAACGGCAUCUACACGGAGGCAAAGUCUGUCAAGGGCCAGUCUUCGAACGACCCGCAGGUCUACACCACCAUGUCCGACAAGCUCAAACAUGACCUCGAGCAGGAGACUACAAAGUUCAACACAUUCAAGAAAUCUACGUUGGACGAGAUGCGCAAGAUGAAGGAUUCGUCUUGA